CAGUGUUGUUUUGACAGCAGUUGUGAAAUGUUUUUCUAUCGUCCAGCUGUCUGAACACCCACAUGUAAAACUGACUGUGCCGUCUUUAUUUAUUUUUAAAAGCGGAUUUCAAGUGACUAAAAGAAAGUUUUGGGUUCUUCUUCAUUACAUAUCGGAUUACAUAACUUAGUGUACACUUGAGAGCAAAUGUUGCGCUCUUUUAGAGGUCACUCUUGGGAGAGUUGGGAGUGGGAUCCGGACAGUAAAUCUCCUGAUGCUCAUCUGUCUCUGUGCCGACAAGCCGUCUAUUUUCAUAUCAGCCCUCUGCUGGACAGUCAAGGGACUGCUGGGGUCAGAGGCACCAAAGGUUUCACCCAUGGUGAGCAUUACUGGGAGAUUGAGUUCCUUGAGCCUCCAUAUGGAAGCUCUGUGAUGGUGGGGGUCGGUACCCAAAAUGCACUUCUGCACACAGGGGAUCAAAAAUUUGUUAACCUCAUAGGCAUCGACAGUGAGAGUUGGGGUCUAUCAUACAAAGGCUUCAUCUGGCAUAAUGGGAGGAGUCGAAAAUACACAGAGCCUUUUUAUGAACAAAAUACAGUCCUUGGGCUUUUGCUGGACUUGAGCGCUGGAACACUGACGUUCUUCCGGAAUGGAGUGAACCUCGGGGUGGCCUUCACUGGCCUGGUGCAGGUCAGCGAGGCUCUGUAUCCUCUGGUGAGCUCUACAGCCCCUGAAACUGAGCUUCAGCUGGGUGUGAGGAGCCAGAGAAUCUCCUCCCUACAGGAACAGUGCAUUCACAUCAUCACACAGUCCCUCUCACAUUAUAGACAUGCACAUGCAUUACCAUUACCCACAUCUCUACUCUGUCAAAUACACACACAUUCACAUUUAUAAGCAGGGCAAAACCUGUUUCUCCAGCUUCAAAUAACACAUAAAUUAUUGCUUAAAUCGAACAAAAACAGCAUGUGUGACCUUUAAUUUAAUCAUGUUGCCGUUUGUAUUCUUAAUUAAUAUGCCAUUUCUGCUCUUUCUAGAUGAUGUCGUUGGCAAUUGUUGUGUUCCAAAAUAAGAUAUAAUUACUUGUAUGUAUAAUUAGUUUUUUUAUAUUCUCAGGGCAGUUAUUUUGGAGACAAUUAUGUAAAAUAUAUAAUUAAAUAUAUCUUUCUGCUUUUAUAAGAAAA